AUGGAUCCUUCUGUGCAACCCUUGCUCCAUGAGGGUAGGAUCACGACAGACUACUGGCAAGGCGUCUCCGAAAUCGAGCAAGAAACCUGCAUUGAUCAGUGGAAGAGAUAUGCGCGUCACUUUCUUGCUUCUCAAUGGGGCCACUAUGUCGUGCUCUUCCUAGUCACAAUCGAUGUCUGUGCCUGCUUCGCUGAUUUUCUGAUUCAAUUACACAUCUGUGAAUUAAAGCAAGGUGGUUUUGGGGUUGACGGAGGGUGGGAGGUCACGCAGGAGGUCCUGGGCAUCUCCAGUCUAGUAAUAUCAUGUCUUUUUAUGGUGGAAUUGAUCGUGUCAGUCCUCAGUUUUGGAAUGGGAUAUUUUUCCGACUACUUUCACACGUUCGACGCUCUCGUUAUUAUUGUCGCCUUCACUAUUGAAGUCUCCCUCCGUGGCAUAGAAGAGGAACUAGGUUCCCUAGUCAUUGUGUUGCGUCUCUGGCGUGUGUUCCAGAUCAUUGAAGAAUUAAGCUCGGCAAAAAAGGAGGCACAGGUGCAAUAUGAGGAAGAGAUUGAAAGACUUCGACAGGAAAACUCUGGCCUUCGACAAAGGCUCAACACCAACGUGAACCAAAAUGACGAAGACGUGGCCCUCUAG